UAGUCAAAGCGUAGUAUAAAGAUCCGUGAAAAAUGUCAAUGCGGUUAUGACAGUUUUCAAAUAAGUAAUCGAAUACAUAUAAGGCGUUGAAAACCUGUGUGUCGUAUGCGCGUGGCGCGGUGGUCACAGAAAAUUAUCACAUUCGAAAACUCAACGGGACAAAAUUUGAUGAGACAAUGGUGCUGAACGAUCGCGCAGAUCCGGAAAAAGUCGGAUGCGGCUUUAACGGUUUCAAAGAAAUAGAUGAAGUGACAGCUCUGAUAGCGGAACUGAAGAAACCGGAUUUGUCACCGAGUUUAGUCGAGAGAAACAGGGAUCGUUUUAAUUUCAUCUUGUCCCAAUAUCAGGAUCAACAUCAACUCUUAGAUCCUUAUCUUGAGAGAAUACUCGAGUCUUUAUUGUCGAUCAUCAAAGAUGACAAUUGCGCGGAAACUAUCAAGCACAACGCGUUUAAAUAUUUAUUUAUAAUCAUGUCUGUGAAGACGUACAAGAAGAUAGUCACGUAUCUUCCGCACGAGGUGAUAGAUCUCUUACCCGUGCUCCGAAUGCUCGAAAAGCAAGAUCCGACAGAUGUUGAAACGUGGGAAACCAGAUAUGUUCUUCUUGUAUGGUUGUCCAUUAUUUCAAAAAUACCAUUUCCUCUAUCUCGACUGGAGACAUCUGAGAAUAUAGAUUUAGAACAAACUAUUGUUGUCAGGAUCUUAAAAGUGUGCAAACAAUAUUGUCUUUUGAAAGAUGCGUGCGCUGUGGCAGCUGUAUUUUUAAUAGCAAACUUUUUAACAAGAUCAGAUGUCAAGAGAUUAUAUCUAGAAGAAAUGAUUAUGUGGUGCUUAAAGUGCAUAGAGGAUGAUCCUUACAGACACGGGCCUCUGGCUGUAAUAGCUUCAAUAUUGAAACACAGUGCCAGGGAAGAUGUCAAGCCGUAUAGUCAAAUGCUUCUUGACAAUAUAUUGAAACUUCGAUUGAGUGACAAUCCGGCAGAUCUCAUUAGGAAAUUUGGAAUAAAAGUUGUUCAACGCAUAGGUCUGGUGUUACUGAGAACAAAAUUAGCAUCGUGGCGUUAUCAAAAAAUAAGUCGGCCAAUAAACAUCAUGCUUAAUGUAAAAACAGACAAUGCCGAGACCAUUGAAACUUUUUCCGAUCUUAAGAAACCUAUUUCGAAUGACAACGAAGAUCAGGAGAUUCCGCCAGCUAUUGAGGAUAUAAUAGAACAACUCAUAGAAAGUCUUCGAGAUAAAGCAAUUACCAUCAGAUGGUCUGCUGCGAAAGGUAUUGGCAGAAUAACAGCCAGACUGCCAAUGGAUUUGGCUGACGACGUUCUGGGAUUUGUGCUAAACUUGUUUUCUAGACGCGAGUCGGAUUCGGCCUGGCACGGUGGUUGCUUAGCCCUCGCUGAACUCGGAAGACGUGGCCUAUUGUUACCUCAUAGUCUGAAUGACGUAAUCCCCGUGGUUUUGCAAGCGUUGGUCUUCGACGAACCCAGAGCUUACGGAUCGAUCGGUUAUCUGAUCAGAGACGCCGCUUGUUACAUAUGCUGGUCAUUUCCAAGAGCUUACGAUCCGCAUGUUUUCGAACCUUACGUUAAAGAAAUCGCGGCAAUGUUGUUGGUCGUGACCUGUUUUGACAGAGAAAUAAAUUGUAGAAGAGCAGCGUCCGCCGCGUUUCAAGAAAACGUCGGAAGACAAGGCAAUUUUCCGCACGGCAUUGACAUACUAACCCUCGCUGAUUAUUUUGAAGUUGGAGUGAGAAAUCACACGUAUCUCAAAAUCAGUGUACAAAUUGCGCAAUAUGAGGAAUACAGAAAUCCCUUGAUAGACCACCUGGUCGCGAAGAAGGUCACGCAUUGGGACACCGCGAUCAGAGAACUUUCGGCCAAGUCGCUUUUCAAUCUGACGGUGACCGAUCCGAAUUACAUGAUAAACACGGUACUACCUAUGUUGUUAGACAUGCUGAAUUCGAUCGAUUUAAAUGUUAGACAUGGCGCGGUGCUAGCCACCGCGGAAAUUCUCGAAGCUCUGUACAACCAUCUUAACGACAAAAUCGAGAAUAUCAUCGGUGUUACGGCUGUGGCCGACAUACAGGAUCUAAUACGUACGUUCAGAAGCAGAGGACUGUUUAAAGGACUCGGAGGGGAGUUGAUGAAACAGGCUUGUGCCGUGUUGAUAAAAAAAUGUUCCAUCGUUCACUUUCCCAUUCAUUUCUCGGACGUUGUAGACGACUGGCAAAAGUUGUUGGAGGAGUGCUUGAGUCACGAGGUGUCCGCAGUUAAAUUAAAAGCAGCCGAGGCGCAUAAGAAUUUUUUUAUGGAGUAUUACGUGGAUGUUGACUGCGAUACUCGAUAUGCCAUUGUGAAUCGUUAUUUAGAAUCUUUGCAGUCGAGCAAUCAACUCAUUCGAAUAGGAUUUGCGCAAGCAAUAGGUUAUUUUCCAUUAUUUGUAAUUCGUGAAAGAGUGGAUGACUUUAUAACGGCGUUGAUCUCGUGCACUCGCAUAAACGAGAGUACGUUAAAGUGGGCGGAAAGUAGGAAGGAAGCUUUGCAUUCAUUAGUAAUGAUAUUGCAGACAUUGGGAAUCGACGAGGCAGACAAGUGGCGAAUAUUCGUGCCACACCUGUACGAUUGUUAUCUAAUGGCUCUUGAAGAAUACACAAUAGACAGUCGCGGUGAUAUAGGCGCUUGGGUGAGAGAAGCGGCCAUAACUGGAUUACAUGUAUUGACAAAUUUAGUGUCCCAAGCAAACUUGUCCGACAUGUUGACCGAAGAAUUAAUGAGCAAUGUCAUUGGCGGUAUCGCGCGGCAAGCUGUCGAAAGGAUAGAUGGAAUUCGAGCUCAAGCCGGUAUUGUUUUUAGUGCUCUUAUACACAGCGACCCACCGCUUCCAAAUAUUCCAUAUAUCGAUGAGUUGAAAACUAUAUUUCCUUACAACGAAUGCAAGGAGACUAUCGAAUGGAGAAUGGAAUCCGCAACGUUUCCGCGGUUCAUCAAGAUGUUGGAUCUUCCAUUGUAUAAUUCCCACGUGUUAACCGGGAUUAUAUUCAGCGUUGGUGGCUUGAGCGAAUCAUUGGUAAAACACUCCAGCGUUUCCUUGUUUACUUAUUUACAAGAAAUCGACAUAGAAAAUUCCAAAAAUACAUAUAGGACUCUGAUAUUGUCUAUGAUCUUAGAUAUAUUCGAGAAAAAUCACAAAAAUGAAAGGAUGAUAACGUCGAUGCUGGCAUUCUUGGAUCGUUUAUUGAGUUCAGGUUGCGUUCAGUCCGUCUUGGACAAUGAUGAUGUGUUUGCGGAGGAUAUGUUGAGAUUAUUGAAGCGCGAAAUAAAAUGUUCUAAUAAUAUGAAACUGCUUAUCAGCAGUAUAAAUGUUUUUUGCCAGUUAUUGCAGGUGCGAGGUCCUGUUGCGAAGAAAGCGUUUUGUCAGUUGAGUAUAUUUCUAUGUCACAAAUAUACAAGUUUGAGAAAAACAACCGCCGUGCGCACUUACGAGGCGUUAACUCUUUACGGAGAAGAGAUGGAUAUAACGGAGGAGGAUUUGGCAAAUAUACUUACAAAAUUAAAUGAGACAGAUUGGGAACGACCAAUCGCAGAUCUACGUCCUGUUAGAAAUCAUUUGUGCGACCUAAUGAAAGUACCUGCGCCAGUUUUACAAGUAAAACCAACGAAGUGAAAACAAAAAAAAA